CAUAUAAAUAUAUAUAUAUAUAUGUAUGUCGAUGUUUCUUUGUUUUUUAUAGAGAGAGAGAGAGAGAACAGUGAGGAGAGAGAGAGGGGGGUCUGAAGUCUGGAAGGGGGUCUCUGAUAGAAGUCAAGAAAUAAUGGCGACGGGAUGGAUGAAAUCAUUGCAGUGCAAGUCAAGAGCAUUCGACGACGUCGUAUCCGCCGCCGCCGGAGGAGGAGGAGGACGCCGCCACGGCCGCCGCGCGCUGUCGAACUCCGGUAGCUGUAAGAACAGCGACAUUGUCGAAUCGACCAAACCUAAGAAACAGAAAACGCCCAAUACGGCGCCAUUUCGCCGGACCGAAUCCGGGCCGGCGGUCUGGACCGGAUCCGGACCGUUCUCGCCGGCGCUGGCGGAGCUGCCGCGCGGCCACCCGUCGCGGAAUGUGGUGGAGAUUAUUUUCCACACUAGCUGGGGAGAGAAGAGCUUUUCCGGCGACGUCGAGAUGGUGUUUAAGGUCCAGAACCUGAACCGGACCGUCGCCCGGUUCGAGGAGUACCGGGAAAUGGUAAAAUCGAGGGCGACCGCCGCCGCCGACGCUAGCGGCGGAGGCGGCGGCGAGGACCAGGCGCGGUGCGUCGCCGACGGCAACGAGGUCAUGAGGUUCUACUGCCUUGGCGCGACGGCGUCCGGCGGCGCGUACGAGGCCGGCUGCAGCGCGUGGGCGGUUUACGGCGGGAAAGGCGCGGUUUUGUGUACGUAUUCUGGCAGCGGUUCGGCUCACGAGAAAGCCGGCGGCGGGAGCGGUCGGCGGGCCAUGCUUGUCUGCCGGGUCAUCGCCGGUCGGGUCUGCAAGCAACUCGGGUUCAACUCGGUGUUGGAUCGCCGGGUCGGGUCGUGUGACUCAGUGAGUAAAGACAACGGCGAGUUGCUGGUGUUUGAUACACGCGCCUUAUUACCAUGCUUCCUUAUCAUCUACAACAAUAACAGCAACAAAUUGUAAAAAAUUUAAAUAUUUAAAAAAAAAAAAAAAAGCUUUUUGUACAAUUUAAUUACGUAUCUAAUUUU